AUGCCUCGACCUGGCAGAAAUACUUACGGAGACCAAAAGCCUCCGUAUUCUUACAUUUCUCUGACUUUCAUGGCAAUUCAAAGCUCGACGGAAAAGAUGCUAACGUUAAGCGAUAUCUACAAAUUUAUUAUGGACAGGUUUCCGUAUUACCGAAAAAAUACACAAAGGUGGCAGAACUCUUUGCGACAUAACCUCUCAUUCAAUGACUGUUUCAUCAAGAUCCCCAGACGUCCCGACCGACCAGGUAAGGGUAGCUACUGGGCUCUCCACCCCGGCUGUGGAGAUAUGUUUGAGAACGGAAGUUUUCUCCGGCGUCGAAAGAGAUUCAAGUUGCCCCGUGGACUGAGGCAUGCUACAGCAGCUGCUUUCGCCGAACUGAAACAGUUAGAAAGUGCCACGCACAACGCAGUCCAAGAGCAAGCAAAGCUUCGAUUAGCAGCACUGGCUGCGGCGCCGUCACAUCUACAGCAUUUUUGUACAGAUUCUUCGAGGACUACGGCCACGACAUACAAACAACCGUUUACCAUCGAGAAUUUGAUCGCUCCCGACUACAAAGUUCCUGGGACCCUUGCGUCAGCUGGACUCCAUUCAAGAAAUUUUCCUCCGUUUCUCAAUAUGACUAUGGCAGUUCAUCCUAAAUUGCCAGGGACGAUAUCGUUACCCCAUACCAUCUCCACAAUGUCAGGAGCAAUGUCUACGACUAUCCCGCUGUCUAUGCCGUCUCUUCCGCUAAAACCGGGACUGUUACCUGCUCUGCAGUUCCCGGGCCUUCAUUCAGAUCGAGCAGUGUUCGGUACUUUCCCCGCUGUAACCUACACUUCAUGCUCACCUCCGAUGAGAAUCGAUUCUGCCUCCAGUGACACUUCUGCGAAAUCUCUGGACAUCAUCUCAGACGACUCGUCAAAAUAAGGAAGAACAUUCAAGGUCCAGGUGAGCAGAACAAUUAACCAUAAUUAUGCUCAAUGGUCUACUCUCAUAACGUUAGGCGUGUAGGUAGACAAGCCUACAAGCAACAGAAAAAUAGAACGUUUUCAGGCUUUGUGUGCUGCUUCUAUAUCUAUGUUAUCGUGGUUGAGCUUUAGACACUACUUACUAGUAAUUCAAAAGAUUGAACCAUUGGAUAUUAAUGUAAAAAAUGAUAUAAACUUGUGUGACUUGUUUCAAUACUGUUAUGUUAGGCGUAGCUCUUUAAUAAAGUUAUAUUAGCCUAUAAAUGUACUGUGAACUCAUGUUAAGAUAGCAAAUCUGCAUUCAAUGCGGGUAAUCUUUAUCUGUAAAUAGUAAGUGUGUAUAGGUUCUGUGUUUAAUUUAAUUUAUGCUUAAUGUUGAAGUGCAGAAUCCACUACUCUUGUCAAAGUAUAGGGAGAAUAUUCCAAAUCUUAAGUGCCAUGUCAAUAAUGUCGUAAUUACAAAUAUGACGGUUAACUGCUUAGACCCACUGGAGUUUAGAUGCCACUGUGGUCACUUUAAAUUUUUCGAACUCAGAAUAAGUA